GUUCUGGAUCAGCUACCGGCUAGAAGUACAUGUAGUACUACCGGUAGUAGAUCUAUUCUUGUGUUGUCUGACGCGAAGCAACAGCCGACACUAGUACUUGUGAGGCUUGUACAAUAAAGUAGACCAGUACCAUAGCUAGCUAGCCAGCCAGAAUGUGGUUGAGACCCGUCGCUGAUUGCCGGAGAUCCCUCAGACGUGUCUCCCUGUGGGCGCCACCAAGUCCAUGGACAAGGAAAAAGAGCAAAGUUGGAUCCAUAAUAGUGGGAAGACGUCUUUCCUCGUCCACAGCAGCCGACGACACGCGGUUACCAUUGAGUGUCCACAACUUGGGUUUGGAUAAUCCAGUCUUGGUAUCGACAUCCACCCUCACAUCGAUCCGCCAAUUGCCCGAGAUGGAGUCGGCUUGGAGCGACUUGAUUUUUUCGUCGUCAGCUACGAGUCAAUCCACUCUGGAUCAGUUGCAACGCGCCCGUGAUGUCUUUGCGGGAUUUGCCAAGGGUGGUGCAAAGCAUGUGGCCGUGUGUGCCUUGCUGGCCGAAUGUCAACAACAAUUGGCGCGGUACGAGGACGUUCUGGAAUCUUUGGAGGCACUUCAAGAACUCGGCAACAGCAGUAGUAGUAGUAUUCAGUUGGCCAAGGCCAAAGUAUUGUGGACCCGAGGAAAAUUCGAACCAGCACACGAGCUUUGCGAAGACUUACUCCUACAGGCGGAUUCCUCGUCCGCCCUGUUGACGGCCUCCGCCAUGAAUGGCAAAGCACUAUCUCUGUUAUUGUCGGCAUCGUCCAAAGAAGAAGAGAAUGAUACCGUUAUUCCACCAGAGGUUCUGGACUUGUUUCGAGAUGCCGUGUCCCUCUUGGAGAAAGACUCCCUAGUACUACCACAGACUGCCUCCAUGGCGAAUUGGGGCGUGGCAGAGGCGCACAACAAGAAAUCCAAUAACGCGGCACAAACCAAAUGGACAGAAGCACUGCAGAAGCUGACACAACAAUCCACAGCAUCCCAAUUAUUGUUAUUGCUACAGGCCAAUCUACACGCCAAUCUAGCAUGGGACAUGAUCACAAAAGACGACAGAACGCUAUCCCAAGACGACAUUGCCAAAGCAUCCGAGCAUGCAUCCUUGGCCAUUCGGGCACACGAUGAUUCCCACCAAAAACAAUCACAAGAAAGUCUUUGCCGGAUUUUGACCGUUCUCGCCACAUGCUAUCAUCGAGCCGGAAGUGCCGUCACGGCCGAAGGAUUGUUCCAAUCGGCCACCACCACCACAUCGAGUAUGGCACCCCUGUUGCUGCUCCAACGACACGCCGCCUAUCAACAAUACUCCCAAUUGUGUGACCAGUGGGACAAACGACACGGGGACGCUUUACGGUACCAACAACAAGCGGACGAUAUCGUCGACCAACAAUUGCCAGAGGCGUGGCGAGCCGCCGGCAUUAUUCGACAAUCCCUUCUGUACAGCAGUCUGUGGUUCUGGACACCGGCGGAUUUUUUUAAAGUGUAG